AUGGGAGGAGUAAUUUCCACUCUCGCCAAUGCACCGCCAGACGAUAGAUCAGCUCGCGAUAACAGAUGCGAAAUAUACGUCAGACGUACUCAAACAGGAGAAAAGUGGAUUUUCACCUUUUCAUCCGAAGUAGACAUCGGGAAGGAAUAUCAAAAUGAAGCAGAAACCAAUGGCGUCGAAUACUGUGUCCAAUACUUUGACAAAGAUUAUCUGGCGAGGUCGAAGGAAGGUAUUGACUAUACUCAAUUCUUCGCUCCUCUGAGAAUGUGGCCUUUACUUCGUAGGACGGCUGACAUUGUUCGAUCUCUUCACAGAUGGACUGCCGAUUCCUCACACUACGAUGUACCAUCAGAUGAAGGUGAUCAAACAAGAAUAGCCUUCCGAAUGACCGAUCUUGUACAAUCAAUCUUAACAUGUCAAGCGGCUCUGGAGCGUAUCGAACGAUUGAGGGAGCUAGGUAUGCUAGAAGGAGGCAAGGUCGCUGCUAUCCAAGCCAAAACCACUGGUCCUAUUCAAGAAACUUAUAGCAUCCUUCAUUCAUAUACAGAAUCACUGAUGGUCAAGAAACAAUCGGAAUUGCAAAUUUUCGCAGGUGACAUGGGAGUCAGAAAAGGAAAGAGAAUAUGGUUUCAAAGUCAGCCCAAAUUACCAUAUGAUAUCACAAACCAAACUUUGGAGAGCCACAUUCUGGUCAUGGAAUCAGACUCUGUCCUUGCUCUUUGA